AUGGUUGGUAAUGGAGCGAAUAUUCGCAUUUGGGAGCAUCGCUGGCUACCGGCAGAGCGGUAUGCGCUUACACCUUGGUCACAGCCUCCUCUACAUGGCCCUGUUUUUGUCUCGGAGUUGAUUGAUCACCCUUCAGCUACCUGGAAUGAACCCUUGAUUGAUGAGUUGUUUUCACCCCCAGAGGCGCUGCUUAUUAAAUCCAUCCCAUUGAGUAGGCACCUACCUUGUGAUAAAAUUGCUUGGCAUCCACAUAAAAGAGGGUUGUUUACCACCAAUUCAGCUUAUUAUGUGGCUCGCGAUAUUGCGUCUAAUCGAAUCAGCUUUCCUCCUCCUGCUGAUGGAUUCCAAGUUUUGUGGAAGACAAUAUGGAAGGCUAAAGUUCCAAAGAAGGUGGCUGUGGGUGUAUGGCGAGCAUGUCAGAAUAUCCUCCCUACCCGGGAACGCUUGUUAGCAAAAGGCUAUGAAGGUGAAACCUCCUGUUUACUUUGUGCUUGUCCUCUGGAGUCAGUUGAGCAUGUCUUGGCAGAUUGUCAAGUUGCUAGGGAACUGUUGGGGGCGGUCUCCUUGCAGAUCACUUGUCCGGUCACACCUAUCUUUAUUUUUAAGGAAUGGAUGUUGGAAUGUGUCAAUCGGGUCUCUUUACAGCAGUUUGAGAAAUUCAUGGUGUUCUUGUGGGCGCUUUGGAAUAACAGGAACGCUGCCCUAUGGGAGGAUAAGCCACGACUGCCAGCAGAUAUAGCUAUUGCUACCAUGAGUUGGUUUAAUGAAUAUAAGUUGGUACAUGCUUCUUCCAUUCCAGAAGUGAAGGUGGUUCAAAGGUGGUCCUCACCUACAGAACAUGUGUUCAAGUGUAAUGUUGAUGGUAGUUAUAAUUCCCAUCAGAUGAAAGGUGGCAUUGGUUGUGUAGUUAGAGACCACAUAGGGGACUUUAAAGCAGGUUUGACGAGGGUGGUGCGCACUGCUAGUUCUGCUUUCCAGGUUGAGCUCUUUGCUUUGCAAGCUGCAGUUCAGUUUGCGAUAUCUUUGCACCAUGAGAAGGUUCAAUUUGAGACAGAUUGCCUCCAACUCGUGCAAGUUAUUCAUGCUGAGGAUGAAGAUGCUUCAGUUGUUGGCCAUAUUGUGGAGGAGGUUCGUGGGCUGUUUCAUAAUUAUCCUUUCUUUUCUCUAACUCAUGUUAAUCGUCGAGCGAAUAAUGUAGCUCAUAUUCUUGCUCAGACGGCUCUUCACUCUGAGUUGUCUCAUACUUGGUUCUUGUAUGCUCCCGAGUUUAUACGGGAUGCCAUCUUAAGCGAUAUUCAUCGCUAA